UGAAGUGUCCCAGUGCAACCUUUGACUUAGAAACAUGGCUGCCAUGAAGAAAGUGCUGGUUGCUGCUGCUGUCGCUGCCUUGGCAGCUUUCAUUGGACACAGGUUUCUUAAACUGAAGGCAUUAAGUCUUGCGUCCAGAGAAGUGCCUGUGAAACACCUCAAUUGUCAGUAUUUAAAGAAUAUUGACUGUGGAGCAGAGGAUAUCACAAUACUAAGAGACGGACUGGCCUUUAUAAGCACAGGGUUGAAGUAUCCUGGACUACAUUCGUUCUGUGAUGCACCAGGGAAAAUCUACAUUCUGGACCUCCUGCACCCGAGGCCAAAUCCUGUGGAGCUGCAAAUCAAGGGAGACCUGGACCUCAGCACCUUCAACCCUCAUGGCAUCAGUGUAUACACUGAUGAAGCAGACGACUCCGUGUACCUGUUUGUUGUCAAUCACCCACACUACAAAAGCCAAGUAGAGAUCUUUCAUUUUGUUCAGGACGACACGCUCGUGCACCUCAAAACCAUCACCCACCCCCUCCUCCACAGUGUAAAUGACAUCGUCGCGGUCGGAGCAGAGAGCUUCUACGCCACAAACGAUCGCUCAUAUCCCACUGAGGCGAUUAACUCUCUGGGCAUCUUCCUGGGCUUCGCCUGGUGUGAGGUGGUGUUCUACAGUCCGGCGGAAGUGAGGGUGGCAGCCGAUGGCUUCAUGUCCUCAAACGGCAUCAACAUAUCGCCUGACAAACGGUAUAUCUAUGUUGCAGACAUCCUCGACCAUGAGAUAGAUGUUUUUGAGAGACAAGAAGGGGAGCGAUUAGCAUAUGUCAAGUCGGUAGCUGUUGGGUCACUCUGUGACAACAUCGAGGUGGACCAGAGGACGGGGGACGUGUGGCUGGGCUGUCAUCCAAAUGCCAUGAAGUUGUUCAAGUAUAACCCUGAAGAUCCACCUGGCUCUGAGGUCAUCCUGAUCAAGAACAUUCACUCAGAGCAGCCGGUGGUGAGCCAGGAGUACACCGAUAAUGGCCACGAGAUCAUGGGCUCCAGCGUAGCAGCUCCCUACGAAGGAAAGCUGCUCAUUGGCACCGUUUUCCACAAAGCCCUGCACUGUGACCUGAGAUAAUCUGUGUUGUCUGUGAUCACUACUGAUUAAGAAUGGAAAUUAUGUAACAAAAGAUUUGAAUGGAUGUGGGACCAAAACAUAAAACACUUUGAUUCACCGCU